GAGGUAGGUUUGAUUUAGCGAAGUCAAUAUGGGAAAUUAUCUUACUUUCUAUGGGUGGAUAUUUUAUACCAAUAAACGCUAUGAACUUAACAAUACACACAGUUAAUCGUGAAAAUCUACAAGAAAUAAAAUGCAAGGCUAUGCUUCUUAUACUGGAGGCCCAGUUGGGUUUGGUGAUCCUAACAGCAAGUAUAUUUCGAGUACAGAACGCAGCAACGUAAUUUCAAAAUUUGUACAAGAGAAACUUAUUAGUGAAUUAUGUGUAGAAGAGUGGAAAGAUUGGCGAAAGUGCAUACGUGGAAAACGAGGCGAGUGGUUCGGUACCUGGAAAUGCAAACCUAAAUAUCAGAUAUUUGAACAGUGUCAGAUGAGGUACCUUCUAGACCUAGAUGAACUCAAAAAAUUUGAAGAGGAAUACUUAAGUAUGCGUAGUGAAUAUCGGAAAACUGGUGUGGGUCGCGCUUUCAUGACGAAAGAACGAAUACAAGAACUGUGCGAGUUGUAAAUGCCCCCUUUUAUAACUGUAGCACACUCCAGUUCAUAAAUAUAUAUAUAACUAUGAUUAUGUGUAUUUAUCCAAAUGUCGAUUUGAAAAAGAGUAAUACAAGAGGAAGUUGAACAUAAGCUUUCAUGAUUUAUGAUAACAUAAGUAAACGUAAUUAAUGCAAAUCAUACGGGAAUUUAUAGUUUUAACUCCGGAGUUAAACAACAAUGAAAUGCUUUACAAUCCCUAAUGGCAAAAAUCAAUUGAACUGACGCGAGACAAAUGAUACUGACAAAAAGUUUAACACGAGGAAGGAAAUCAC